AUGGAGUCCAGGCCAGAAGUCUGGAUUAACACCAUCGACGCCAAGGGGCGGCUCACGAUGAAGGGCAAGGCGCACCGCCGCUCACAGAGUGCGCCGCUGGGACCCCCGUCAUCGGCGAGCUCCUCUGCCCUUGUCUCUCAGCAGCAGAGCACCGCAUCGGGGCGCCUGUCCCCACGCCGCCGCAACGACAGCGGGUUCUCGUGCCCCCAAAUUCUCCAGCCGCCGCCGCCCUUCCACCAUCACCGCCGUGCCUCCAGCCUUGCCACGGAGUGCUUGUUGUCGCCGCCGCCAUCCGCCCGGAGACCGCCAUCAUCGUCGUCGGCGGGGCUCCAAGACGAGGAGGCGUUGCCACGGCCCCCGUUGCGAUUGAGGGCGGAGCCGCGGUACAAUGCGCGCAGGACUGUCGAUUCUCGCGAAUCAGACAGCAGCAGCAGCCCCUGCAGCCACCGUGGUGGCCGUCCGUUGACUCCCCCGGGGCUCGGGAGUGGCGCGGGAGACGGGGGGGUGGGAGGAACAGGAGUUAACUUUCGGUCGCCGCCGAGGUCUCCGCAGACGAGGUUACACUCGAGGGGAAGCAGGGACGCAAAGAUGCUCCCGGAGGGGCUCAAGACGGACGAGGAGGACCACAGCGGUCGCCGGGCGGCGACGGCGGUGGCGGCGGCGCCCAAGGGCGAGGGUGUCGCACCCACGGGAGCUUCGGGCCCUGUGCCACCGGAUCAGUCCCGGGCGGUUGGGGGAGCCGCGACAGGUGAAGCUGGGGCGGGAAGGGAAGCAGUCGGCGACUACGACAACCCGGGUGGUUCGGAAGCGAAGGCGGAGGGAGGGUUGGUCACAGUCGUUGCUGGUGAGGAGGUCCCAGCUGCUCCUAAGUUCGCCGGCAGAGCCGAGGCAGCGGAGCAGGGGGCGGGUGACGGGAGGAUAGGGGGAUCGCUGCUGGACGCCUACCGGGAGCCUGAGGGGAACGAUUGGGGAGAGCUCGAAGAUUGGCAUGGGCUGCCUGGACUGCAGCUGGCUAACGCUGGGGACGAAGUGCCUACGCUGAAGGUCCCCUCGUUAAUCUUUCGUCCCGGGACUGUGGAUGAGGGAGACGUGCUCUCUCUGCACGGCCGACCGCGCUCGCGAAAGCCGGAGGCGAGCUCUCCCGCCAAGUACGGCUCGGGGGAGGAGCGGGCUCGCCUCUGCCCAAGCGCCCCCGCGGACACAUGUACCGCUGCAAGCCCGGGGCAAACCCAGGCGGAGCGGCGCGAUAUGGACGAUGAGGACGGCGAUGGCGAGCGAGGGCUUGUGGUAGAACCUAGGAUGAAUCAACACGGCGUAAUCAGGGCCACGACCGGCGGGCGCGUUGCUGACUUGGACGGCCCUGCGGGCGGGAGCGGCGGUUGGAUGAGGAGGAGCGACAGCGGCGGCAUCGGUGGGGGCGGCGGCGGUGGCCAGCCGCUACUCUUGUCCCUGGCGGACCUCACGACCGCGGGACUCCAGAAGCUCCUGCAGGCGGAGGGCGGCUCGAAGAUGUUUUUCGACCCGGACUCCCAGAGAUGGGUCGGCGAGGAGGUCGACCUGUCCGGCUUUGAGGACCCCAAUACUUCGUCUAUAGGCUCCACUUCGGCGGCUUGCGCCGCCGCCGCCGCUGCAGCAGCUGCUGCCGCGAGGGGGAGUUCUAACUCGCCCCACCGUCGCGGCGCUGAGUCGAGGUCGCCGGCCGCAGACAUCAGCUCGCCAUUGCCGCUGUACGCGCGGGGGGGCGGCGGGUCUCGGCGGCUUCCGGUCAACGCUCACCGCCGGUGGAGCAGCGGGGAAGGCCUGUACGGGCCCUCUUCGAGACGACCGUCGAUAGUGUUGGAAGAGAGAGGGGAGACGGUCGGGGGCGGCGGUAGCGGUAGCGACGGGGUGCAGCGGAGGAAGGAGUUGCACCAAAGGCGGCAUUCCGUGUCGGUGCCCUCGCGAAUACCGCCGUCGGCAAGCGGGGGUCUGAGGCUGGAAGGGAGCGGGGACGGCGGGGUGCUUCGCCCGACCAGCAGCGCCAGCGAGAACCGGAGGGCCAAGGGCAGAGUCCGUUCGCGGCCGGCGUCGAUGGUGUCGUCCGGGAUUAGCUCGGAGUCUGACACCGGGUCCGUGGUGAGACUGUCGGACGCAGCAGCGCCCGGCCAUGUACGGGACGGCGGCGGCUGGGGCAACACGGCCCGGCGAUUCGAUUCGGCGUUCGGCUUCGCGAGCGACACGUCGUCGGGCGGCGGCGGCGGCGGCGGCGGCGGCGGGGUUGAGUCAGCGACCCCUCCACUCAGGAGGAAGGACUUGGUUGUCGGGGGGGACCACCAGCGCCUGGCCCAGGUCUUCGAGGGUGCGGCGUACGCCUCCUCCGAAGGCCGCGCUUCGAUGUCGUCGUCUUCAAGGCGAAACGCAUCCCCCCCGCUUGGGAACUCCUCCCCUCCCCUCGGGGUCGGGUCUCCGGAGAUGUUGGCGUGGGCCACGCCGAGAGCCGGCGCGUCUCCCCCUCUCGGCGGCGUGGGGGGCAGCAGCCUGGCGUCCGGGUCGGAGAUCGAGGCCAGCGAAACCAGCGACUGGGACCAGGACGCGGAUUUCGAGGGCCUCCCAGAAGACCAAGCCUUCAACCUAACUCUCGAGGAGCCCACCAAAUUCGGAUACAGCCCGGGGCUCGCGGUGGCCGGCGGCGGCGGCGGCGGCAGCGAUGGCAGCAGCAGCGGAGGAGCCAGCAACAUCGCUUCGCCUAUCCCAGACGGCGACUGGCUGCCUCCGGCGGCCCCCGACUUGCUCCGGCGGCAAACGGCGCCGGCGAUGACACCCCCCUCGUCUUCCCUCGGGCACGUUGAGGCCGGGGGGGCGUUCACGAGGUGGCCGCCGAAGGCUCCGCCGGCGCACGCGAGUGACGGGGACGGGGCAGAGGAGAGCGGCGACGGAGCGAAGAAUCGGGGCCAUCAGCGGAGUGGGACGUAUACGGAUUUGCGCGCAGAUUCGCUGGGAUCUGCGGCGGAGUGGGACCGGACGCUUGAAGGCGAGCUGGACCUUUCGCUGGCACAGAGAAACCAGACCCCGGUCAUGGUCGGCCCGUCCUUGAAGAAAUUUCCGGUUGCCGCGGGGAACGUUUCAGGGACCGUUCCCAGGCCGAAAGCUAGGCGAGGUGGGAAAUCCCUCCCGGGUAGAGUGCCCAGCAAGCCCGCAGAAGCGAGCGGCUGCCGCGGCGGUGGCGGCGCCGCCGGGGCCAUCAAGAUUAAGUCGCCGCGCUCCGCCGUGGGUAUCGCGUGGGAGGCGUUCAAGGCGAACGGCGGCGGCGACUCGCUGCCGGCGACGCUCUCAGCGGCGAUGACGGCCACGAGCAUCGCGGUCGAGCAUGUGAGGAAGCGCACCCGCGAGAGGCUGCUGCUGGAGAAGGGCGCGGGCGCCGGGAAGAGACUUUCGGGGCCGGUGCAGAUCACGCUCGAAGACCUCCAGACUUCGCCUUCGCCGGAUCGGAUGUCGCUGGGAGCGGGCGGAGAGGACGCGGGGAGCGCGAAGUCGAUAUCGCCGGGAUCGACGGCAGCGGCGGGAGCCCGCUUUAACCGCCGGAAGAUGUGCUGGGAGGGUUUCGAAGAGCCUGACCUUACGGGCUUCGAUACGACCGACAGCGAGUCCGAGUCGCUGCCGCGCGCUCCCGGGUCCAGCCGAUCCCGCUCCCGAUCACGGUCGCCGCCUCUCUCCCCGCCACGCAAGGGCGGCAGCCGCGCGAGCAUGACCGUCGAGGAGAGAGUGGACAGCGAGGAACGCGGCCCAGCUUCGUCUUCGGCGUCGCUCCAAGGGCUUGAUCUAGCGGCGGCGGCGUCCGGGACGGCGGAUGAUGCCGUUGCUACUACCGGCGGCGGCGACUGCGACACUCUCCGGCCUUCUGGCGAUGGCGGUGGCGGCUUGGAGAUCGACGACGAGAAGGCUUCGCCUGGCGAAGAUGGGGGUGCUGCCGAUGUGGCCGAUGUGGUGGUAGGCUCGGAAGAGGGCGACGGCGGGCGGCGUGGGGAGGAGCGGGGGUCUGACUCGCCGGCGGCGCCGUCGGCGGCGGCGGCGGCGGCGGCGGCGGUGCAAGCAUUGGCAGGUGCCGCCGGUGAACGGCGAGGUUCGAGCGUGGCGUCCGAGGUGAUGGUGUCCCCGGUGCCGGCGGCGGCGGAGCCUGCGGGGUUGGGCCCGAUGAGAAUAGGUGGGGCUGAUGAAGAGGAGAAGGGGGACGGCAGUAGCCGCGGUAGCGGCAACGCGGGGAGAGAGGCUCCGCUGAGCCUGUCGGACAGCAGGCACAGCGGCGGCGACUUGAGCGACGACGUGAGCGACUGGGACAGGAGCCUCAGGAGCCUGACGAGCCCUCCCCCCGGCUCCCCCGACUUGCUCGUCGAAGGCGCACCCGACCCGUCUCAGGUGCCUCUCAUGCGCCGCCUCUCCACGGCGAUGCUCAUGGCUCCCAAGGCUCUCAAGGGCCCCGACGAGGGGUUGGACGCGGUGGCCGGCGAGCCUAUAGGCGGCGGUAAGGCAGGCUGCUUGAUAAGACCUUCGUUCGGCCCCGUGCUCUUUACCCCGGCGGGGUUGGCGGAGCAGGCUAUGGCGACCAUGAUCUCCUGCCCCGAAGACACUACCGCUUCUCCUCCCGCUGCCGGUGCGCCGGGCUUGUCGCCGCCAUCGGAGGCGGCGGCGGCGGAGCCGUCUUCCUCGAGACACGCUUCCCCGCGCGCGGCUGCUCAUGCGACAGAGAUGAGUGGAGGGGUGGUCUCGGCAGACGGCGGGUCCCCCGGAGGGGGGCAGGCGGAAUGCGCGGGUUUAGGGCCGGUGGCGGCGGCGGCGGCGGGGGAGACGAUGGAGUCGACAACGGGUGUGGGGUCUGCGGCGUUGGCGGCCGGUGGUGGGGCGGGGCGGGAGGAGUCGAGGAGGAAGGCGACCGGCGGUAGCACUAGGAUUCGGACUAUUUCUCGGAGGAUCUACCAGAGGUCCACCGAAGAGGGUCCCGCUCCGGAGGGAGGAGAAAACGACGCACGCACGAGCGCGUCGCACAGAACGAAGUCCACGGAGGACUACUCGGUGGACGAUUGGGGAGCGGACUUCGUGGGAGGCAUCGUGCUCACUCCGAAGACGGGCGGGCCGGGGACGAUGUGGGGGCGGGCGCAGGAUGCUCUGGAAGAGGGCGACGAGGAGACUGAUGACACGGAUGGGCUCGAUGAAACCCGCACGCUGCUGCUGAAGCGGAGGGGAGGCGACGAGGCGGUGGCGAGCGGGCGAGAGGAUGCGGGGUGGGGGUCGAGCAGCGGGGAGGAUGCGGCGGACGGAGGGGACGGGGAUGGGGGAGAGACGCCCGUUCAACGGCGGCGGGGCUCGAAGCUUCGCAGACGUCCCAAACGAACUCGCGGCUUCCAAACCAUCAGCCUAGCUGAGUACACGCCUAUGUAUGUGCCGACGGCCUGGUUGGACCCGAAGAGCCAUCGCUGGAAACCAGUGGACGGUUACGCGGUCGACAUGUCUGGCUUUGACCCCGACGGCAGCAGCGGCGGAGGUGACGAUAACGACAACGAUAGCGAUGACGACCGAGAGAACAACUUGUCGAACGCAGUGGCGGGGAACGUUUCCCGGAACAAUCCGCCGCCCGGUGCCGAGGGAGGGAGGGCAGGGGGGGAGGAAGGGAGGCAAGGGGCGCGGGUUGGCGGUGGACGGGCGGAGGGUUUGGGUGCUAGGCCAUCCCUGUCUAGGGGUGCUAGUGCGGUGAGUGUGUCCAGUAGUGCCGGAACGUGGGCCGGCACUCCAUCCUCUCAGGAACGGGGCUGCAGGAGGCCUAGCAGAGGGUUCGAAGACCGAUUGGCGGCGUUCCAGCUUGGGCCGGCGGCACGGCAGCAUCUUGCCAAGAGCGAGCAGGCCCACGAUGAGGCGAUGGCGCUGUUCUUGGGAGAGCAGGGUUACGCCCGCGCGAAGCGAGAAGGGGCGGCGCGCCUCCUCCGCAUGCCGGGUGUGGCCGCCGUAGCCGCUGACGAGGAGGAGGCCAACGCCUCCCUCAACAGAAAACCCCUCAAGCGCGGCAGCAGCGGCGGCGGCGGCGGGCCCGGCAAAGGAUCAACCUCGACGAAGAGCAGCGGGGCCAGGGGUGGGGCUAGUGGCCCCGGCAAGGGGACGCCGCGGCGAUCUGGGCAAUCGGUCGGCGGGGGAGCCGGCACCGGUUCGUCGAGAGGGUCUUCACCGCAGCAGGCGCGAGGAGGGUCCCCUGCGUCAGCGCGCAAAGCAGCAGCAGCAGCAGCAGGAACGGCGGUGCCGAGCACGCCUCCUCGAGUGAGCCCGUACGCCGCCCGGGGGAGAGCUAAGAAGUCGGCGGCGGCAUCUUCGUCUGGGGCAGGGAGCACGUCCGGCACGCCGGGGUCCUCCUCCGCCACUCCGACCCCCGGUCGACGAAGAAAGGCCGGCGCUCGAGAGUUCUCCCCGAAGAAGACGGUUUCUCAACGAACGGAGGGCGGCAGGCGUGUUUCCCCCGGUGUGAAGGGAAGGCAGGGGGCUACUGCUGGUGCUGCUGCCGAGCGGGGGGCGCGGAUUGGGAAUCGGAGACGCGCCGCCGCCGCCGCCACCACCGGCGGCGGAAGCAGCAGCAGCAGGAGCCCGGUCCUGGCUCCGAAGACAGACGACGGUUUUGACGCUGAGGCGAAGCCGGCGGCGGGUCGUACGUUGGGGCGCACCGGCAGCAAGGAUGCGGACGGCCGCAGCCGCCGUAGCCGCAGCGACUCCUCCGUUGGGAUGGCCGCUGCUGCCGCCGCCGCCCCGUCGUCCUCCAACACCGCGAGCAAUCCAGACGCCGCCGCCGCCGCCGCCGCCGCGGGAAGAUCGGGCGGGCCUCGGCGACGCGACGGCCGCAAGGCGGCGGCGGCGGUGGCGGCAAGCGCGUCGGGCAACGGCACCCCGCAGUACGGCGCCGCCGGGCGUGCCCCAAUAGGCAGCAGAGGGACGCCCGGAAGCAGCUCUCGGCAACGGGGAAGAAACGCCGACGUGACAGCGGCGCCGGCAUCAUCGCCAUCGAGCACCACCGAGCCUGCCGUACGCGCUGCCGCCGAAAGAUUGCGGAGCAGCGGUGCAGGUCGUGGCGGCAGCAGCAGCAGCGGCACCCCCGGCGGGGUUUCCCCGCCCCGGGCGUCCUCCCACGUCCUGCGUUCGCUGCCCAGGCGGAGCCUGGGGUUCGGCUCCGCGACGGCAGCCCGGCGAGCUACGAUAGCCUCCCCGCCGAUGUCGCCCCGCGCCGUCCGCCUUUGCAGGGCCGCGAGCAGCGGGAGGAUGUCGGCGUGGCGGCGGCGCGUGCCGGCAAGCGAACGGCUACGGACCGGCGGUGGCGGGCGGGUGCAGGACACGAGGAGGGCGGUUGGGGGGGUGAGCGCGGAGGCGGAGGCGGCGGCGGUGGCGACGGCGGAGCGGGAGAGGGCGGCGCGAAGGUUGGAGAGGUUCCGGUACAUGGCAGAGUUUGCUGCAAAUACGGUGAAGGAGCGGUUCUCUUUGUUCGGAGGGAGGAUGUCCGCCGAAGUCCCGUUCACCGGCGACUUGCCUCCUAGGAUAGGCCACCAGAGGCGCCGAUCCGGGGGAGAGGCGAGCACCGGGGGGACCAGCGUCGGCAGCGGCAGCAGCGCGGGGCUCGGCUCCAUGGUAGGGCUCACCGUGUGGCGAUGA